AUGCGGCAAAACGAUGGGGAGGAUCUCUUGCGUACAGCGACUCUGCCAGGGACAACUAUGUCAGAUAUAAUGACCUACAGUGGUGAAGGCCUCACCGUGAACAAUGUUAGGACCAUCGAUUGUUCAAAUAAAUGCCGUUGCCAUGCCAUGGACUUGCUGCAGUUCAUUGACCUCAAGAUAGCUGGUUAUCGCCAUGCCCAACCUGGAUCUGCCAAAAUAUUUGGGUUUUUCGUGACACGGGAUCGAAUCGAACCUUUGCGCAAUUAUGUCUACAGGCGGGAGAUUGGCAAUUGUGAAGUUGUAACUGUGAAGCCAAAGACGGGCAUGGCACGUUUAUCACUUGGUAGCCCUGCUCGAGGUAUUGGCAUGACAAGCCAUGUGUUGUUCGAAUUCAAGCUUUGUGUACGUACUGAAGCCCCGCCUGAAAAUGGGCCCAAAGAUGACCUUCUGAUCGCAGGAUGCGCUGAAUUCAGCAAGAUUAUGGAAAGAAAAUCAUUCAUUCAGAAUCGACGUAUUUAUGGGGAGAAGUGUGGACUGGAUGUGAAGUUCCUGGUGGUGAUGAAUGCGGUACAAGCAUUCGUUGAUGUUGAGAUACUCCGUGCCCCUGCUUGUGGCUUUAAUCUGAAUCUCUAUGCCAAGACCAGUGGUUUCAGUGAUGUGAUUCGUCUCUACCGAGGAAGCGCAGACGCUGGCUGCAGAACGAGUUCAGUUGUAGCGGUGGAGAUAUGUAGUUACCUUGAUCUUCGUAUCGAAGGGACUCCGAAAGAUGACGGAGGAGUUUCUCAGAAACUGCUGCCUUGUGUGUGGGAGGACAGCUUCGAUUCCUGCUACCAUGGAGAGGUGGAUAAAGUUGUGGAUCUCGACGAAUCCACCUCGAUUUCAGUGAAGAUCACCUGGAUAACUAUUGAUUGA